GAGGGGGCAUCAAGCCCGUAUGCCUGAGUGUCAAUCGCAUAGUCAGUCGAGAUCAGAUCACCACAGUGCCACACUACUCAGUGCUGAUCACAGACUUCCGCCAAGUGGCUGAGGGGGAGGGCCGCAACUUCAUCGAUGCCGUGUUCUCUAGUGCCGUCGAUGGUAUCAUUGCCAUCGAGGAAUCUG